ACAAUUAUGUCUGUUUCUCAAUCCAGUCCAGUCGUUGUAAAUGUUUAUGACAUGUCUUCGUUAAACGAGUACAUUGGAAACAUUGGUUUAGGUGUCUACCAUACGGGUGUUGAGGUAUAUGAAAGGGAAUAUUGCUACAGUGGUCAUCAAUUUGGCGGUUCUGGAAUAUUUGAAAUGGUUCCGCGGGAUUCCGAUAAUCUUGGUCCUAAUUACAUUUUUAAAAAAUCCAUUGUUGCUGGUUGCACGGAUUUUUCUUAUCGUGAUGUGUGUACCAUUCUCAGCACCAUGGAAAGAGAAUUCCGUGGUGAUCAGUAUCAUUUACUUAGAAAAAACUGCAAUCACUUUUCCAGUGCAUUUGUUGAUGUACGUUGCAUCCUCUGUGGCGGGACUUUGCCCAAGUGGAUAAAUCGAUUAGCUUCGGUGAGCACAAAACUGCCCUUCAUUGAAAAAUCCAUUCCCAAGGAAUGGCUUACACCUCUUCAACAGACUAAUGAAGUGUCUACAAGAUCGAGAGCAAGCAACCGCCUUCAUCCCCUGAUGUCUCGUCGCAGCACAACAGGCUCAAUGUCUACUCUACCUCAAACACCAUGUCGAACGAGUACCUACGAAACAACACCUUCAGCGACGAGUCCCGGUGAACAGUGGCGUCGAUUCCAGAUGAAUUUCUCUAGCUAUUUCUCCCGAGCAUUUACUGGUGCUGCCAAUGGAACUGAGGGAAGUAGCAGUACCUCAAUGUCCACUCCUCCCUCGGAAGAGUCUUCCAGUCGAAGACCCAGCUAA